UAUACAAAGUCAGAUAUAUACUAUGACAUUUUUUAUUCUGGCUGUCCUGUAAAGUUGAUGAAAUGUCACUUACGCCCCUCCGGUUCUCACCCCUCGAAUUAAAAAUCUAGCUUUGUUUCCUUUUGAUCUGCAGCAAGAUGCUGAUGCUGUUGGUUUUCAUCCGCUGUUUGCUGUAUGUGGGUUUCACCGCAGGAACUGCUAAUGCCACCGGUGUCAGUGCCGCUUGGAUGGACGGACGUCGCAGUGCUCUCCAGGUGUACAGAAAAGGUCACUACAUUUGUCCUGGUGGCGUUGUGCUGCUCGGUCAAGAUACUGAUGCAGAUGUGGGUCAGUUUGACGCAGACCAGAGCUUUGUGGGUGAAAUCACAGACAUGAAAUUGUGGGAUUAUAUUCUGCCUGCAAACCAGAUUAAGGCGCUGUGUGAUAGCGAUGAAGUGCAAAUGGCAAAUGUGUUCGACUGGGACACCGUCAAAUAUGAGAUAUACAACAAUGUGCUUGUGAUGCACCGAUAUAAAAUCUUUUGUUUAUAAAUACUGUUAAUUAUUGGUUGACGAAUAAAGCUUUACCACAGCGUUACUACAGUGUAUUUGCAUCAGAGUACAAGUAUUAUUGGGCUUCCAGUGAGAAGGG